AUGCGGCGGGGAAGGACGCCGUCGCUCGCGCUCGUCCUCGCGGCGCUCGCGCUCGCGUCCGUCACCGCCGCCGCGAGCGACGCCGACGACGCACGCAUCCAUCACUCUCGUGAACGUCGUCGCGUCGCUCGCGGCGGCGGCGUCCACCCGGCGACCGUCGGCGAGGGAUCCGCGGGGCUCGUGGACGUUCCGUUCGACACGAAACCCAUCCGUGGCGUGCGCGGCGGCGAGUUCCCGACCGCGGUGCCCGGCGGCCGCGCGCGUUUCCUCGGAGGCUUGGAGGUGACGUUCACGUCCCCGGCUUCUUCCGAUGAAACACCCGACGCCGAGCUCGACCCGCUGAGCUACGGCGGAUGGUCGUCGGCGACGGGAAACGCGGACGGCUCCGUGGCGUGGAUCCUCACCGACAACUACGCCAGGCUCAUGCGCGUGGAACUGCGCAACGAGCCGAGCACCGGCCGCCUCGACGCCGUGACGAAGAUCUCAGACGCCACCGCCUUUCGGUUCCGAUCCGCCGACGCCGACGACGGCGCUCCCGUCGAACGAACGCCGGGGACGCGCAUCGACACCGAGUCCAUCGUGCGAAUCCCCCACGCGGCGGACGGUGGUGACUCACCGGGCGGUGACGCGUCGUUCGGCUUGAACGAUUUCGUCGUGGGCGUCGAGGAUGCCCAGGUACCGGGCGUGCGACCGAACAACCUGUUGCGAUUCGCGGACGGCGUCGCCGGAGGGUACCGGAACGUUCCGGGCGCCGCGGAAGCCUUUAAGGGCGACGACGCGUGCGGUGUUAACCUCGGCCCGGAGGCGACGGUGUAUCUCCCGUCCAGGUACACGUUCGCGGGUUCGUUGCCGGAGGGGGCGUACCCGGGGUCGGUCAUCGUGGCGAUGUGCGAGGCGAGGAACGCAUCCGGAGUGGUCACCGGAUUUAUUCUCGACGCACCCAGCUCAGCGUCGACGGGCGGCGGCGGGCUCGGUUUAAUCGGUAAGGUGUACCUGCGCGGUUUAGGGGACGCGCUGGCGCCCGGACGGUUCCAGUGCGGCGCGUCGGACGCCACGCUCACACCCGACGGGUCCAUCGUCGUGGUCCUGUUCCACUGCUACGACUUCGUCACCGGCGAUCACGUCGCGUCGCUUCGAACGGUUCGUGCCGAUUCGCUUCGCGUCCCCGGCGCGACGGUUCACGUCUCGCCGCUGUUGGACUGGGACGACGGACCCAUCGGGAACAUGGAGGGGGUGCACGCGUUCGAAUCGGGGAACGACGGCGCGAUUGGGGUUUUGAUGGUGAGCGACAACAACCUGUCGCCGACGAUUAACACGCAAAUCGUCGAGUUCGAAGUGCGAGGCCCGCUCUUCGCCGAAUCCGUCGUGGCGGGCGGCGCCUCCUCCUCCUCCUCCGCGGUGUUGGGCGACCUGGAAGGAGGACUCAAAGGCGGUGACGGUGCGACGAUGCCGUCGCCGCUGCGUCAUCCGUUCAGGGCCGCGCUGUGGGUCGGGGCGAGAAGACGGGACGUGCGGUUCGGGGCGUCGUUCGCCGCGUUCGCUGUCGUAACCGCGCUCGUCGCGAUCGGGUUGAUCGUCGGACGGUGGCGGCGCGCGGUGAACGCGGCGGCGCGCGUGCGAUCGGAGAUGAGCCCGCUGCUGCCGCGGUGA